GAGCUACACAGUCUACAACGUCAAGAUUGCGAUCAAACGAAGAAGCGGCCGAGAUAGCACACACUACUUGUGUCUGUGGGUAAUGACGUGAAAGCAAGCACAGUGGUUUCGUGUCGAUGAAAGUUAGCGCAAAAAUACGAUCAAACGGUUACGGCAAGAAGAAGACUGUGAACAGAUGAAAGUGAAAUUGUUAGAAACUGGAACCAACUAUAGUAGAUACUCGUUAAAAUAAGAAAAUCUCUUUACAGAAGCAAAAACGCUAACCCAGCAAUUAUCCCGAUUUUAAGAAGCUUGUUUAAAAAGUAAGCGUCUAAUUCAAAUGUGUGAAAUUCUGUGGAACAUUCAAACCUCUUAAAACAUCAAAAUCAAAUAAACAAGUUUGGAAACUAAGCUCUUUUCAAUGUUAUUAUUGAAAAUAAAAUAUAUUUAGCUUGAUCCAAUAAUUUGAACUACAGUGGAGUCUGUGUAUAGUGAACCCCCGGUAUAAUGAACACCUCGAUAUAGUGAACGCCUAAAAAUUUACAUUGAGUACUCUAAAUAGUGAACUAUCGAAAACUCGAAAUAGUGAACAGAGUUUUAAACGCAACGGCAAGCAUAAACUGUUAAAAAAAUUUAAACAGAAAUAAAGUCGGGUAUUCCCCGAAAUUGCUCAUUUUAUGUUUUUUACUGGAAAAGCUGCUGCUAUGUAUUUGGUCCCAGUCUUUAUUUGUCUCUUGUCGGGUGCAAAGCGCUUCUGAGUGAAUGUGUACUGUUGUAUGUAUUUUUAAAAGUGUUUAUGUGCUAAUAAAUUAAGUGUUAUCAUGCCUGUGAGGAAAUUCCUUCCAUUAAAGCAAAAACUUGAAAUUGCUCAAAAACUCUAGAAAGGUGCUAGUGUUUCAUCCUUAGCAAAGAUUUAUGGUGUGGCCAAAUCAAGUUUCGGGAAUAAAAAAAAAUGCUCGUAGUAUUAUAUCCCACCAGGCAGUCGGAGCAUCUAAGCGGAAGACUCUUAGAAAAGGCGAGUAUCCCCGCAUGGAGAAGAUGUUAUAUAAGUGGUUUAUAGCUCAACGAAACAAAAAUUGUCCAGUUACUGGGGAAAUGCUUAAGAAAAAAGCAAUGAAGCUGCAUGCUGACUUUAAGGAAAAAGAAGGUAGCUUUCAUGCCAGCCCCGGUUGGUUAUCUGGAUUUAAAACUCGCUUUGGAAUCCGACUUUUAAAAGUGUGUGGUGAGAAACUUUCAUCGGAUAUCCAGGCAACUGAUCCCUUUAAGCAUAAACUCAGAAACAUUAUUUACGAAUUGAAGCUUUGCGAGGACCAAGUAUAUAACGCAGACGAGACCGGCUUGUUUUGGAAAAUGCUUCCUGAUAGAACGUAUGUCAGUCAAACAGAAAAAACAGCUCCGGGAAGAAAAGCAGAAAAGGCCGGAAUUACUUUUCUUGCAUGUACAAAUGCAACUGGUCAGCAUAAAGUCAAACCCUUAAUAAUUGGGCAUGCCAAGAAGCCGCGCUCUUUUAAGGCUUAUGACAUCCCGGUAGACUAUCGGAACUCUAAGAAUGCAUGGAUGACUGCCAACAUUUUCAGAGAAUGGUUUCACCAUUGCUUCGUCCCUCAGAAAGGAUUACCAGCCAAAGCUAUCCUUUUGCUUGAUAACGCCCCUUGCCAUCCUCCAGAAGAUGAACUUAAAACUGCUGAUGGAUCCAUAUUCGUGAUGUAUAUGCCUCCAAAUGUAACGCCUUUAAUUCAGCCUAUGGAUCAAAAUGUGAUUCGCUUAACUAAGCUGUAUUACAAAAAGCAUCUCCUGCUUUUAGCUGUAGGAAAGGAUGACAUCACACAAUUUCUAAAACAUUUAACUUUAAAGGAUGCUGUAUCAUUUUUAAUGCUUGCUUGGAAUCAGCUGCAAGCAAAUGAAAAAUGGAAAGAAGUUCAUGAUAUACAGGGUCUGCUGCAAGUUGUAUUACCGGAGGAAAUCUACACUGAACAAGAUAUUGAGAAGUGGAAUUCAAUCCAAGUUGACGAAGAAAUUGAUUUAGAUAAUUAUGCCAUGGAUACUGAAGAAUCUGGUGAUGACAGCCAAGGCGAAGGACAGAUCGGAAAUUCAAUAAAAGCUACUGAAGCCAUUAAAAGCUUCGAUAUAGCUAUCGCAUGGGCUGAAGCUAACACCACUGACUAUGCUGGCAUACUAGUACUGAAAAGUCUACGCGAAAAAGCGGUCCAAAAGUCAAUUUCCGAGAUCAAAAAGCAAACAUCUAUUCGCAAAUUCUUUCAAUAA